GCUUCGCCCCUCCCUUUUCCGUCAAUGGUCCCUGGUCCUACCGCUUACUGAGCAUGUGUAUGCGCCGCUUAGCUGUUAGCAUUUAGAGAUGGCCUCAGACAAGCAAAACGACGCUAAAUUGUCCUCCACGGAUGAAAACAAAGGAAAGUCAUCGGAUGGAGGACUUGGACUCGAAAUUUUGCAAAUAAUCAAGGAGUCCCAGCAGCAGCAUGGUCUCCGGCACGGAGACUACCAGAGAUACCGGGGUUACUGUUCCCGUAGACUGCGUCGCCUGCGCAAGACUCUUGGUUUCAGGAUGGGCAACCGACACAAGUUCAUUGGGAAGAAAAUAACUGUCGAAAUGCUUUCUGACAGCAGGUAUUUGUUGCUGGUUUUGAUGGAGGCCGAGCGUGCGUGGAGUUACGCCAUGCAGCUGAAGCAGGAGGCUAACACGGAGCCACGCAAGCGCUUCCACCUGCUGGCACGACUACGCAAGGCUGCCAAGCACAGCGAGAAACUGGAGAAGCUCUGCGAGAGCCCGCGCGUCGACGCCAAGACCAAACUUGAGGCGCAGGCCUACACUGCAUACCUGACUGGUAUGGUGGAGUUUGAACUGCAGGAGUGGAAGCUCGCCAUGGAGGCCUUCAACAAGUGCAAGACCAUCUAUGAGAAGCUGGCCAGUGCUUUCACAGAGGAGCUGGCAGUUCUGUAUCGCCAGCGUGUGGACGAGAUAUCGCCCAACAUCCGCUACUGUGCUUACAACAUCGGUGACCAGAACGCCAUCAAUGACUUGAUGCAGAUGAGACUGACUGGAGGAGGAGGAGGCAUGAUGGCUGAGAAACUAGAGGCUCUGAUCACUCAGGCAAGAACCAAGCAGGCAGCCACCAUGAGCGAGGUGGAGUGGCGAGGGCGGACGGUGCCCGUCAAGAUCGACAAGGCCCGCAUCUUCCUGUUGGGUCUGGCAGACAAUGAAGCCGCUAUCGCUCAGACGGCUAAUGAGGAGACCAAAGAGCAUCUUUAUGAGACCCUGCUGGCUGAGUGCAGAGACACCAUCCAGGCUGUGAGAGAGGAGCUCAAGAGUGAGGCGAAGCAGCGAGAGAGAGGCUCCGACGGUGACAGCAACAAGGUGUCCAACCUGCAGUUCCUGCACAGUUACCUGACCUACAUCAAGCUGUGUACGCUGGUGAAGAGGAAUGAGAGCAUGGCCCAUACUCUGCAGGCCAAGCUGAAGGAACCCGAAGCAGACGAGAGCAAGAGAGGGCCCCGUCCACAGGAUCUCAUCCGCCUCUACGACAUCAUCCUGCAGAGUCUGGCUGAGCUCUCCACCCUGCAGGGCCUGGAGGAUGACCACACCUUCCAGAAGGAGGUGUCCCUCAAGACGCUGGUCUACAAGGCCAACAGGUGUUUCUUCAUAGCUCAGUCGUAUGUGCUGGUGAAGAAGUGGAGUGAGGCAUUGGUGCUGUAUGAGAGGGUGCUGAAAUAUGCCACGGAGGUCCAGUCUAAGACCAAGAACCUCAACAACAGCCUCAAGGAUCUCCCGGACGUUCAGGAGCUCAUUGCUGAGGUCAACGCCGAAAAAUACUCCCUUCAAGCUGCUGCUAUUUUAGACACUGAUGAGACUGCUGAAGUUCCCUCUCAGCAGCAGGUCAAAGACAACACGCCCCUCUGCAACCGUCUGGAGACGUUCCGCCUCGAACCCGCCCUCGUGGGGAAGCAGCCCAAUUUGGUCCAGUUCCCUCCCGACUUCCAGCCAAUUCCCUGCAAGCCCCUGUUCUUUGACCUUGCUCUCAACCAUGUGGCCUUCCCACCCCUGGAUGACAAGGUGGAGCAGAAGGGCAAGGGGGGUCUCACCGGCUAUAUCAAGGGCAUCUUUGGCUUUGGCAGCUAAAUCAACCCCCGAGGCUUUGGAUUCAGCAGGACAAGGUCCCAAGUUCACCACAAACAAGCAGACUUGGGUCAGUCGUUAAUUAGAAUAAUUUAAAUUACUUUCAUGUCUUUUUUUUUUUUUUUCUUUUUUUUGUGCCUAAGUGCAAGAUGGGUGGAGUUUGCAGCUCUGAGGAAGUGAUUUGAUAUGACCCAAGUUCACCUGCCACCUUUAGUAAAAACAUCAGGCUGCAUCGGUCUCUAGCAUACGGCUCCCUCUUUCAUUUGAGCUAUGGAGUCUGUCUUUCAGGUUUUACAGGGUACCAUGUCUGUAGCUACAGCCAAGUUGUCAAUCUCACAAUCCCGUCAGAGCAAACGAAGCCACUUGGGCGUCAUUAGUAGUGUUUCUUUUCCAUUGUCAUGUAAGCGCCUUCAUGUAAUUACGUCAGUUCUUUCUUUAUGUGAGAUCUUUUUUUUAACAUAAAACUUCCAGCAUGCAGUUUUGUUAUUGCAGCUACUUUAAUUAAAAAAAACAAAGUAGUGCUUAUCAAAACACCAUAAAUAUUCUGCGAAAUGGAGUUCCAACAAACUGAAGCCGUUUUAUCAAUCAUCAUGGUUUUCAGAAGACUUCUGCUGCGAUCCAAUUCGUCCCUCCACCGUUGCUUUGGUUCCUCCUGCUUUUGACUGUGCAUUCAUUUUUUAGUUGUCAACUACAACCGAUACGGGUCAUAAUGCAUAUGUUGUCCUGUAUGACAUUAGGCACCAAAAGCGCCACCAUGUUAGAGAAGUUUUCAACUUUUUAACGCCCCUCACUGUGUCGCGUUUUCUACCAAAGGGCCUGCUCGCUGGUGACCGUACGACACCAGUGCAGCUCUUCACACUGUAAUCAAUUCAUGUUAUGUCUUUUUUUAAUUUAGCCAUUUUUAUUUGCAUUUCAUCAGAAUCGAUGUCGUAGAAGAGCAGUCGACAUUAGUGAAUGUAGGGAGUUUUUAGCACACAACUACGCCUGUUUGUCAUGAGUAGGACUCAAAUGUUUUCAUCAACAAUGACGUGUCUAUGGAUAUUGUGUAACUAUAAAGAGCUUUAGAGGUAUAUUGUUUGCCAGUCAUAAUGUCCACGUCAAAGCCGCUCGUUUUCUGUGAUCCUUAUUAAGGGACCUUGUUUGCCUGCGAUAGCUGGUUGAACAUGAGCUAGAGCAUUGGUUCAGUGUCACACUUUCACCCCAACAGUUAACUGUUACGCUUACUCAUUUCUAUCAAUGUCUUUGGUUUGAAUUUAAGUUGUUUUGUUUUUUUUUCAGUGUUUUUUGUUAAAUAAUCGAGGUGGAAGUGUUGGAGUAGUUCUGGAAAAUAAACCGUUACGAUCAAUAUUUGUUGGAAACAUAAGUGGAACAAGAAAUGAACUGAUUUAAAAUGUAUGAUUUGAUCUCAUUUCCAGACCUAUGAUUAAAAUAUAUUUGCACCAAA